AUGGAGUCCGAGCUCCACGUAGCCGCUGUGAAAGGGAAUGUGCCUUCUUUGCUUGAGCUGCUCACAAAAGAUAAGCUGCUUCUCGAUAGAAUCAUGACCAAAAAACACACCGAGAGUCCUCUGCACAUUGCAGCCAUGCUUGGACACUUGGAUUUCGUGGAAGAGGUUCUAGCUCGGAAGGCUGAGUUGGCAAGAGAGCAAGAUUCUCAGGGAUCAACCCCUCUUCAUCUCACGGCAGCAAAAGGAUACCUUAACAUCGUGACAAGCUUGUUAAGAGUCAACCCUGAUAUAUGUAUUGUUCGUGACAAAUAUGAAAGAAACCCCCUUCAUGUCGCGGCCAUGAAAGGCCAAGUGGAUGUGUUGGAAUACUUGGUUCAAGCGAGACCUGAUGCAGCCCGUAGUGUUGUUGAACAUGGCCAGACGAUCCUGCAUCUAUGA